AUGAUUGCCUUUGAUUUCCCCAUACUAUUUCCUUUGUUUACAUUUUUUCACAUUACAAUAGCUGAUGGUCCAGAAGAGAUUGAUUACACCGAGUUUGGGGCUAGAACUGCAUAUUCGACUGCUGUCAACAACAACAAUAAAUUGUAUUAUGAGCUUUUUCAAAGACGAAAUUAUUAUAAGGAUUUAGCUCCAAUAGAGGCAAAUUUGAAUGCAAGUUCGCCCGUUGAUGAACGAUUUGCGAUUGUGAUCAAGCUUCAACUGCUUGCAUUGGUUGAGUUGGAUGUAGUUCGUCAAACACUACGGGCCUACAUUGAGGUAGAGAUGGGAUGGCAAGAUAUACGAUUGGCUUGGAAUCGAUCUGCUUAUGAUAUUGGACUUCUUUGGGUGCAUUGUGAUUCGAUUUGGACACCCGAGGACUUUGUGACGAAUACAAUUCAAAUCACCGAGGUUUAUCCGGAUCGCUUUAAACAAUGUCGAUUUGAUCACAACGGAAGCGUGUAUUACGAUCAAGUCUUUUUAGGCGAUUUCACCUGCCCAAUGGAUAUAAGCAAGUUUCCAUUUGAUACCCAAGAUUGCACGCUUCAAUUCGGCUCUAAUUCCUAUCAAUGGUUUCGUAUUAACCAAACCGGAGAGCUCUUCACCAAAUACAAGGAUUAUUCUGUUGUGGGAAAUAGUGAGUUCGGCUCUACGAAUUGCACUAUGAGAACGGAGACGGCCAUUGGCACAAUGGAUACCAUCUACCAAUCAAUUAUAUUUGACCUCAAAUUGAAGCGUGAACCAAACUUCUAUAUCUAUGUGAUCGCUCUACCGUCGUUCUUGUUGACCUUUCUCUCGAUAAUUGGCUGCUUCUGGACACCAAAUGUUAAAGAAGAGCAAUUGACUAAGUUGAGCGUCGCUUUGACGAGCAUGAUGUCAAUGACGACUUUGAUCGAUUUGGUGUCACAGGAAAUGCCAAAAACUAAAAAGUUUCCAUUACUUGGUAUCUUCAUCCUUGCUUGUGUUUUCAUCACAUCAAUCUCCUGG